UGCUGCUAUUGAGAUGUUUUUCCUGCGGUUAAGAUAUUGCAAGGCAGAGAAAAAUCCCUCGCUCAUUUUUCUGUUGUCACGUUUAAAUACACUAUGUAAAUGACGCGUUGAAAAAGCUCAAAUUACAUAUUUCCACGCGAAGUGAGUUUUUGUGUUGAUGUAGGAACAGACAGCCCCUUCCCUGCACUUUUUUUGUAAUUCGUGUGUUAAAUAUUUUUUCUGUACUGCAGCUCCACUUUUUUUUCUUUUGAUUUUCGGUAAUUAUUUUGUUGAUUAAUUUGCCGUAAUCAGAAUCAGCUUCUCUGAUUUUUUUACCCUGUGGCUUAAUCCUUUCUGAGACUUCAGUUUCUCAGAGAGACGAAAGUUAAAAAAUUCUCUACUACUUGACUAGAUCAGGCAAUGCUUUACAGCUCAUGUCUUCUCAUACUUUAGUUGCACUUUUCACUGGGAAAUAUCCUUAGGAUCACUUUACAGUAUUGGUUUGAGGGCACUUUUAGUAUUGUCAAGACAAAAAAAUUGGCAAGCAUUGGCAUUUUUUUGCUUGUGAAUUGGCAAUGAAUCAUUCUUGUCUUCUGUGAAAUGUGCAUUUUGCAAACUCACUAGUCUGGGCAAGUAAAUUUCAAACUACAGGUUGCUUGCAAAAUGUUUGUGUUCGGCAAUUCUGGCAUGUGACUGAUUUCGUUUUCUCUUUUCUCUGCCAAGAUUACAGAAGCAUACCUUGUGUUACACAGACAAGCAAGAUCUGGACUUUGCCUUAACAUUGUCCAGAUAAACAGGUUUAUGUUAAGCAAGUUUGUGUUAUGGCAAAAAAACUUGAAGAGCAGUUUCCCCCAUCUCUGUGAGAUAUAUUGUGCGGGAUUAUUCAACACAUCUAACUUUCCUAAAUACUUAGUUUCCUAAUGGCUAGGUUAUCUCUUCUCCAAGAAUUUUCAGAUUUGGUUGAUUAUAGUAUAAAGCAGUGUUUGCUAUGAAAUUACAUUUAAUUUGUUAUAUCGUGCUUUUGUUAGGUAAAUCUUUGACCUUUUCUGUAUACUAUUAAAGAGUUUUCCUUAUAUUCCUGUAAAGCUCUCAAGUACAAAGCAAGAAGCAGUAACUUCCUAGCAGAGCUAACAUACAGUUUUCUUUAGAUAUAGGAAUAUAGCUGGCAAAUUUAGUGAUCUCUGCUCUUUUAUAGUUGUGGCUUUUAAAUUAUUUUUAAAAUAUCAAUGCCAUCAGGAGCAUAAGCAUUAAACUUUCCAGUAAGAGAAAAGGGUCAGAUUUUUUUUCUCUCACAUGUAGCACUGUACAUCAGUUCUGAUUAGCUGUACUCUCUUAUGAUUUGUAUCCUUAAUUAUUAUUAAGAACUUAAGAGUAUACCUUUGUCUCUAACUGCAGAUCUUUCCUUAACUCAAGUUGCUUGAAACCCUCACUACAUCAGUGGCAUAAUUAAUACUUGGUGUGGUGUGGAUUACAGCCCAAGGGACACAAGCACUUGAAAAGAAAGUGUAAAGGACGUGUUUCCCUCUAUUGGCUCAUCUUCACUGUACCUCUCCCAUUCUGCUUCCUCUUCCUUAUAAUCCUCAAAUGAAGAUGAGGAGCCUGCUGCGAAUAUGACGUCUGUGACUAGUGUCAUUGCCUCCCACCAGUCUGAGUGGGUGUCCUUCAGUGAUGAGCUGCUCCUCCCUGUUAGCCCACAAGGUAGCACUGAGGAGCCUCUGGAGAAAUGUUUUAAUUCCUCAGACACCUCCUCAGAAGAGAACCAAAAUGCAGAUGGAAAAUUUAAAGACCUUUUCUUCACAGAUUUGGAAGAGGCAGCUGACCAAACCAAGGGGGAUUCUGCUGUGCUUGGUAACCAUGUGUGUCCCAGCACUAAUCUGUCAUCAUCCAUCAGUGCUUGGGUUCAGUUUGACGAUGCCCCAUGGACUAGUGCUUCAUCAACCCACCCACAAACAGUGUCUGCAUCAAAAGUACCCAGCUGGACCUCUCCUUCUUCCAACUCUUCUGAGAGGCAAGCCCGUGCCUCAGAGAGCAGCUGGACAACCAACUCAGAGGACACCAGCAGCCCAAGCAUUGCUCCCUCCUACACAGAUCUGCAGUCAAUUAAUACUGAAGACUUGACCAGUGGUAGAACAUCUGCAGCAGAUUCAGCUGACAAUUCCUCGUCUCUCCAGGAAGAUGAAGAGAUAGAUAUGGAGGCUGUCAACUGGCAGCUGAACAACACCUCCGUGAAUGGGCAUUCAUCUACCCCAACCACAGUGCGCUUUCCCAGCUGGGUGACUUUUGAUGACAAUGAAGUCAGUUUUUCACCGCAGAACCUUUCUCCCUUGAAAACAAAUACCCCAUCUGCAGAAACACAGGCUCCAGAUGUUAACUUUAACCUCACUACAUCCUUGAAGAAAAGAGAACGUCCUAAAAGCACAUUGGGGGACCUCUCUAAAAUUCAAAAACUAGAUCUCUCCUCCUUAACCAAGUUGCCUUCUGUUGAAACACCACCAUGGAGUGCUACUAAUCCCUUUCUGGAUGAAUCUCUGCGAGAUGUCCAACCCUCACCCAUCAAUCCAUUCAGCUCCUUCUUUGAGGAGCAAGAGAGGCGUUCCAAAAACUCUUCUGUCUCCAGUGCUCCAGGCAAAAGCCAAAGAGACUCUCUCAUUAUUCUCCAUCAAGAGCCUGAUACCAUCAGUUUCCAUGAGGCAAACAAAAGUCUAACCCACACGGAUGCUGUAGAGCAGCUCAAACAACUCCAGAUUGGAGACCCAGAUCGUUUGAGCAGUUCUACUUUGCCUGAUGAUGACCCCAUGAUGCCCUAUGAUCUGGAUGCAGCUUUAUUUAAACUGGCACCAGCUCAGCCAAAGGAUGGAUGGCCAAUGAUGCUCAGGAUCCCAGAGAAGAAGAAUAUUAUGUCAUCCAGGCACUGGGGACCAAUAUAUGUCAAGCUGACUGACAGUGGAUGUAUACAGCUUUUUUAUGAGAAGGGGCUAGAGAAACCUUUCCGGGAACUCAAACUGGAAAUCAAUCAUGAGAUUUCGGAGCGCAAACUCCAGAACUACGACGAGAAUGGAAGAAUACACAGCGUGCGGUUGGAUCGCACAACAUACAAGGAGAAAAAGAAGUAUCAGCCUAAACCAGCCAUUGCACACACAGCAGAGAGAGAGCAAAUUAUCAAGCUUGGGACUACAGAUUAUGAAGACUUCCUUAGCUUUAUCAAUGCUGUGCAAGACACACUGAUGAACUUGCCAGCUUCAUCAACAGAUCUGAGCACAGUGGGACUGAACUAUCAAGAAGAAGAAAUCACUGUUGAUGUCAGGGAUGAGUUUCAUGGCAUAUUGGCCAAGGGAGACAGUGCGAUUCUCCAGCACUGUGUGCUGACCCAUAUCUAUGUUCUCAGCUUCCUUUCUGGCCUGGCAGAGUGCAGACUGGGCCUUAAUGAUAUCCUGAUCAAAGGGAAUGAAAUAGUUGCAAGGCAGGAUAUUAUGCCCACUACUACCACUAAGUGGAUUAAAUUAUACAGCUGUCAGUUCCAUUCAUGUGUGGAUGAGGAUAUGUUUAAUAACUCCCGUAUUAUCCUGUUCAACCCUUUGGAUGCCUGCCGGUUUGAACUGAUGCGGUUCAGAACUGUCUUUGCUGAGAAAACUUUGCCUUUUACUCUGCGGACAGCUGCCAGCAUCAACGGUGCUGAGGUGGAGGUGCAGAGCUGGCUGAUGAUGUCCACAGGAUUCUCUUCCAAUCAUGACCCUUUAACUCAGGUCCCUUGUGAAAACGUGAUGAUCCGCUUCCCAGUGCCAAAUGAGUGGGUGAAGAACUUCCGCAGGGAGAGUGUCCUGGGGGAGAAAUCUUUGAAAGCCAAGGUGAACAAGGGAGCCACUUUUGGAUCAACUGGUCUGUCUGGUUCUGAGCCAGUAAUGAGAGUAACUUUGGGAACUGCCAAAUAUGAGCACGCCUUUAAUUCCAUCGUAUGGAGGAUAAACCGACUGCCUGACAAAAACUCAGCUUCUGGCCAUCCUCACUGCUUCUUCUGUCACCUAGAGCUUGGCUCUGACCGGGAAGUGCCUUCCAGCUUUGUCCGCUAUGUAGAUGUGGAAUUUGACAUGCCCACCACUUCUGCAUCCAAAGCCGCUGUUCGGUCCAUCUCUGUCGAGGACAAGACCGAUGUGAGGAAGUGGGUCAACUAUUCAGCACACUACAGUUACAAGGUUGAAAUAGAGCAGAAAAAAAGCUUGAAUGAGGAUCUGAAGGGAGAAAAUACAGCAAAUGUCAAUGAAUGUGCUACACAGUGAAGGAAGAUCAGUCUGCAAGUCCCAAGAGGGGUGGUCAAACUAAGAGACCUGAAAGAAAGGACUUGCAGGCUUUGGGCAUUUUUCUAUUAAAUUAUAGAGUACUACUUUUAAAAUAAUACCCUGAAGAGUAUUAUUUUUUCCUGUGUGAUGAUCCAUACCUUGAGAAGAAGUUCAUCAGUGGUUUGUUUGGAGCAGUCCCUUGGGCUUUUUCUGGAAUGAUACAAGUACAGCUGUAGAGUCAAGCCUGCCUUUUCUGCCUCUUCACCAUCCAGGUUCUGCACUCAAGUAUGGUCUGGCAACCAUAGAAUCAUAGAAACAGCCGUGUUGGAAAGGACCUCUGAGAUCAUCAAGUCCAACCCUUGAUCCACUACCACUGUGGUUAUUAGACCAUGGCACUAAGUGCCACAUCAGAAAUCAGCCUUUAUCUCACUUACAAUCUUGCCCUCCUACAUUAAGCAUUUUAUUUAUAUGCCUUUUGGUUUGGUCAUUGACUGAAUCACUUCCUUCUGAACUACCAAAAUAAAAUCCAAGGAACAUCAAAUGAAAAAUUAUAUAAAAUCUCCUUUUUGAAGUGGUCAGUGGAUUGAAAACCCUGAGCAUCAUUCUGGAGAAUCAACACACUCUGCAACAUAAACACAGAGAAUGAUCUCUAUGACAGACGAUUAUGUAGCUGUUCUUCUGUUCACCCCUUUCUGUCUCAUCCCCCAAAAUGACAAUGUCAUUGUGCACAUUUUCAUGGAGUCUGCACAAGUGACAAGAAAACCUCUGCAAUUUCUUGAAAUUUUUAUUUUUAUAGUCUGAGCUGUUCUGGUAUCUUGACUGACUAUGGUUAUGGCUGCUAGCAACAGGGAAUAUGUGUUGUAAUAGAGGAGAUACAAGAGGGACUUUGCUAAGAUUAGAUCAUUCCUGCCUAGAAAGAUAUUUAAGGGAAAAACACGGGGGUUUAGUUUUGGGUUUGGGGGGUUUAUAUGUUUUUUUGGAUGGGUAAGGUGGGUGGUUAUUGAAAAUGUCAUAAUACAAUUACUUUAAGAGACAAUGUUGCUUUCCUGAAAAUCCUUGGAAGUCCAUGCAGCGCAUAUUAUUUUCAUGUGCUUUCUUGAACCUACAAUAUAAGUAAUUCAUAAUACUCCCAUUAACUGGGCCCCAAAAUCUUUUUCCAAAAAAUAACAACAAGCUUCUAUUACGGAGAUUUUUUUAUCCGACUUUAGCUGGAAGUAACAGCAAGUCUUAAAACUUCUUUCUAAAUAAAAAUGCAGAAGACAUAAAUCACUCAUUUACAUAUAUUUUCUGAGAAAACAGUGUUAAAAGUACUCAUUUUUAGUUAUUUCUAUGGCUUGUGUAAUAUUUUGUCUCAUAAUUUUAAAUGUAAAAAAAUAAUUUAUUAGAUCAUUUAUCUUUUGAAAGGUUACUACUGACUUUAAAAUACAUAUUUGGAAAGCCUUGGUAAUGUAAUUUAAAAUCCUACUGAAUUAAAAUGAAAGCCUUUUUAUAAAUUUAUUUCAUUUUAAAGUGAGUAUAACAGAAAAUUAAUACACUCUUGAUUUAAUACUUUCACUGUGACUACUAUGAAAAUUGCUACAACGUUAAAAUCCCAAAUAAAACAUGCGAUUAAUUACAUUGAGUCUGAAGCCAGUAGUUGUAGAAUUUAAAACAAACUGUAUGGAACUUAUAAAUGCCUUUUUAUAUGUACCUAAAUUUCAAGCUUGUAUCAUCCUAGUGAUACAUACUUACACAGGCACACCACUGUAAAUAUGUAAAGUCUCAGUCCUUCUAGGACUUCUUAAUAAGCAUGUGAUCCUCUGUUGCAGGUAGCCCUGCUGGAGCCCAGGGAGCUCCUCAGAGCAUACCAGUUAGUACUACGCAUUUGCAACAUCCUUCUGUAAAUGGAAGAAUGCUGUUAAUUUUUAUGAAGAAUUUUGAGAUCAGUGGAUUAAAAUUAUUGAUAUUAUUAAAUGAUUCAGCCCCAAGAGCAUGGGGCUGAAUUUGUGACUGAUUGUCAGCUCUGCUACAGACUGGUUGUGAUGAGUUGCAUGGCAACUCUUCUCUACAAAAUUCAUUCUUCUGUUCAAAGGCAGUCAAAGAACUUCUGGCUAUUUUUCCUGUGUUUCACUACAGCUCCUGGCUGUACAGUUGCUUAAAUCCCACCAGCAAGUAAUCCAAGAAAACCAAGCUGAAGGAGUGCUGAGAUGUUACUGAGGAAGUGUGAGAAUGUUUUGUGAAAGAAAUGGUUGGGAGAUUUCCUACUCUGAUCUGCAGGCUCAGUGUCUUAAUUUUUGCCUAUUGCCCCCAGCCCAUAGACAUAUAAAUAAGUAAUACAAACAAACAAAUUUAUUUUGUACUCCUUGAAGAGGGAAGAAAAUAAAAGGAAUAUCAUUUUUCAUCUCAUCAUUCUUAAACCGUUCAGCCUCUGUCAUACUUCAGCCACAGAAUAUUCCAUGCCCCAGAAACUGAAAGAAAAGCAUAUUGGAGGUUUCUGGAUUUACUUAAUUUUUCUACCACUUUAUCAUUGAUUCUUUUUUUUUUUUUUAAUUCAGAAUCAAUGAAUGAAAGAAAGAGUAUGGACCUGAAUCUAAUCUUUCUUUUGUAGUUAGCUGUACACUGAAUUAUCUCUUCCAAUCUUCAAGGACCUAAGCAGGCAAAACUGGAAAAGUGUUUUGGUUUAUAUGAAAGUCAUUUUAAUCCAUUCUGAUCUCCAGAGAGCAUUUUUCAGAUGUACCUGCCACUGAAUUUCAAGAGUUUAGCAUGAAUACCUCAGCCAGAGUAGACCUUAUUUCCUAUUAAAGGACUGGAGUUAGUUGUUUGAUUUUUCAAAAAACCGCUCACAACCAAAACCUUUAGAAAAUCCGGUGUUGGUGUCACCAGUUCUGCACCAUUAUGAGCACUGAGCAUUUGAACACUGGAUCCUAAGUGCCCUUAAUGAGGCUUCCACUGUUCUUUAUUGAUUAAACAGUGCCAAUUUUUCAGUGUUAGAUACUGUCACACAUGAACUUUAUGUACAUGAACCAUAUAUUCUUCAUCCAUAUGAAUACAGUGUUAAUCUGAACAGACUGUUGAUGGGAGUGAGGGACAAGAUCUGAGCUAUGUGAGUUUGAGAGUAGCUGCAAUUAUUUAGAGAUGCCUGUAGUGUGGAUGAUUUUUUUUUUUUUUUUAAGUCUUGCAGAAAAAUCUCUGACUAAUUUCAGGUUAAUACUUCUUUUGAGAAAAAUGCAAUCACUGGCCUUCGGUUUAUUUGAAAGCUUUGUAAUACUGAGACACUCCAUGCAGGAAAUGUGCCUUCAAGGUAAGCAUACUGCCUGAGGCUAUUCUCACUUUCAGCCCUCCUUCUAUUUCCCAUGGGUGUUUUGUUUAAUUUUUGUACUGUGGUAAGACUUGAGCUAUCAUAUGGAAUUUUGCCUAGAAAAAUAAACUGUGUUUGAUCCCAAGGGGUAAAGAUGAACAACAUCUCCUAGUAAAGAUGAACAACAUCUCCUGGCAGCUGAGUGUAUUUUAGUUAAUGCCUCUUGCAUAUAUUAACUACGGACACUCUGCUAGAAAAGGAAAAUGUGUAAAUUCAGAUGAUAAACACUAUAACUGACUUCUGUUAUUUUUAUUCUAUAUUUUAUUUAGAUUUUAAUUUAGUCUUCCUAUGAAGGAGACAGAUAUAACUGUAUCAUCAGAAACAUUGCAUAAAUAAUUUUUCUUUUCUGGUGGGUUGCUGGCUGACAUAUUUGAUCAAUAGGAAAUCCAAGACCUGUUGGUCUCUCUGUCCACAUUAUUUAGUAGCUGCUAAAACUCCCUCUUGAACAUUGACCUCUCAGAAUAGAGAGCAAUGACAUGUAGAAGAGCAUGAAAGCAAGAGGAAAAGGUGUACAAAGUUCAGCCUGGAGGUACUUACUCUGUUGCCUGCAUAAAAUUUUCAGUAAUUUCCUUGGCCCUUGAGUGCACUAAUCAAGCCCUUGAUAAGUCACUUCUGUUCCAGAUAGUGAAAAAUUCCUUUCAGUGACUCUUGGCAGUUGGUGUUUAUAGCUAUAUUCAUCUCCAGAACUGGCCAGCACAAGAAUUUGCAGCACACAAGAGAUCACUUAUGGAUGGAAUACUUGCCAUCUUCUGCCACUACAGUUAAAUCUAUAUCGUGACAUGCCAGAGAUCCAAAAUUUUGUGUGUAACAGGCACAACUGUUCCUAACCUUCCUGUUUUGUUUAGCCAGCCACCCACCCAUCCAUCCAUCCAUACUCCCAUCCGUCCUACCCUCCCUCCCUCUCUCUCUCCCAUACUUGCAAUUCAUUCUUUGCACUAUUGACAUUGAUUGGCUUGAUUAUUAUUUUGUAACAUGUUCCUACCUUUUUAUUUUGUAAAAUAAGUAAGUCUAUACACUGGCUAACUUUGUAGAAGUGGUUUUUAUUUUUUUUGUCUUUUUAUUUUGUCAGUUGAAAUGGGAUGUCAUGUUUUGUUUUAAACUAUGUGAAAACUUAAAUAAAUGUUAAGAUGAAACAGCAUA